AUACGACACCGGAAGCAUACUCCCAUGUCACUGCGGCGCCUCCGAAAUCGAGCGAUCGCGAUUCUCAGUCGAGCGGCGAGCGAGAGCGAGACGAGAGUGAUGAUGAUGGAGGGAGUGGAGGGAGACGCGGCGGCGGUGGCGGCGGCGCCGCGCUACGUGCUGAACCCGGCGCGGAUCAGCAGCGAGGACAUCCUCUUCUGCGUCGACGUCGACGCGGAGUCCCUGGUCGAGAUGAAGGCGACGGGCCCCGGCGGCCGCCCCUUCGCCCGCCUCGACGCCAUCAAGCAGUCCCUCCUCCUCUUCGUCCACUCCAAGCUCGCCAUCAACCCCGACCACCGCUUCGCCUUCGCCACCCUCUCCAAAUCCGCUGCCUGGCUCCGUAAGGAGUUCAGCAGUGAUGUAGAGUCUGCAGCUGCUGCAAUUCGGAGUCUUUCGGCCACCUCAGCUUGUGGUCAUGCAGAUUUAACGCAGCUAUUCCGAAUCGCGGCUCAUGAAGCUAAGAAAUCUCGCAUGCAAAAUAGAAUUUUCAGGGUGAUUCUCAUAUACUGCAGAUCAUCCAUACAGCCUCAGCACCAGUGGCCAGUUAACCAAAAGCUCUUCACUCUGGAUGUCAUCUACCUCCACGACAAGCCUGGACCAGAUAAUUGCCCGCAGCAGGUGUAUGAUGCCCUCGUCGAUGCGCUUGAACAUGUGAGUGAAUAUGAAGGCCACAUCCAUGAGAGCGGUCAGGGCCUCACACGCAUCCUCUUUCGUCACAUGUGCAUGCUACUGUCGCACCCUCAACAGCGAUGUCCUCAAGACUACCUCGACAUUCCCAAGUCCCUUGUAAAAAAUCACCUGCUGCCGACUCCGCACCUGCCGAAGAGAGCGCAAUUGUGCCCCGCCAAUGAGAGCAAAAGACUGUUUGUGGGUUAGUGAUCGGUACUUAAAUGUUUGGCUUUUGCAAUGUGUCUGAGAGCUUUUAUCAGCUGUUGGUCUUUCUGGAAGUGAAUCUGCAACUGCAAUUAGCUUGAUGACCUUCAGCUGAGCUCCGAAGUUUUCCCGACGACUCCCCCUUCUUGAGGUUAUGUAUAUUUACGUUGCAGAACCUGUAAAUUUCAAUUGCAAUGUCCUGAUCAUGUUUAGUCAUGGGUUAGAUCGUAUCUCGGAUGUCCAGUGUUCUUUGCAGGUUUGCAUUUGGUAAACCUAUCAACUGAAUGUCUUGUGCCUCCAUGAUAUGUUAUUACAGCUCCACA